UCGCGUCCCUUGAGCCGGCGACCCUUCUCGGCCGGAAGCUGUCGGAGCACAUCGCUGCCCUCGCCUCGGGGGCUUCCUCCGCCCUGUCCGGAGGGGGGGGGGGCAGCCCAGGCGAGCCCCACCCCGCAGACGGCGAGGCUGAGCAGGGCCGGCCAGGACUUGGGCGGCAGUCCGGGGGGGCAGGCUGGCUGAUCUCUCCCCACCCCUCGGCGGCUGAGCUGGGCUGGCUUCGGCCGCUGAGACGCGAAGGGAGCCGUAGCGCCCCCUCCCCCCCCCCCCAGCACCCAGGCAGGGGUUGUGGCGACGGCGUCUCCCGACCGGCCCCCCUCCCGCGGACAGUCGGUGCAGGGGGGGGGGGCCUCGGGGAGCUGGGCGGGCUUUGGCGCCCCCGGAGCUGCCGGCACGUCCCGCCCGGUCCCGGCGCGCUGCGCGGCUGCGGGGGCGUCCGAGCGCGGCUUCGCCCCCGGGCCAGGGUUGCCGCGGCAACGGCGGUCCGGGCGAGCGGCGGAGGCUGCGGCAAGCUGGACGGCCUCCCGGGAGCAGCUAGGCCUCCCUCACCCCGCCAGUGCCGCCAUGUCCCUCAGCAGGAGCAAGUUGGGGGGAUCGCCCCCACCCCGAGUCUUCACCUCCCAGGAGACGGAGUGCAAGAUCUGCUACGAGCCCUUCGACAGCCGCGCCCGACGCCCCAAGCUGCUCAGCUGCCAGCACCGGAUGUGUGCCAGGUGUCUGCACAAGAUGGCGGACGUGGGCAGGUCUCCCGGGAGCCUCUGCUGCCCUUUCUGCCGCCAGGAGACGCUCCUGCCCGACCGGGAGGUGGGCCGGCUGGAAGACGACGGCCGAGUGCUGGCCCUGCUGAGCAGCUGGGAGGGGGCCCGCAGGCCGGGAUGCCCCCCGCUCUCCCCGGAGGUGCUGCUGUGCCCGGGCAUCCUGGAGCCCUUUGGGGAGGGCAAGAGCAGCUCCUCCGACUGCCUGGUCAUCACUCUCCUGGAGGUGCCCGAGGACCUGGCGGUGCCCGAGGGCGUGGGGCUCCUGGACGUCAUGCGGCUCUAUCGGCCGCCCAGCCUGGCCUCACUGCCCUGCCACGUCCCCCUGGCCGUGUGCCAAGCUUGCAGCCCGUGCCCUGCCCUCCCCCGCUUCCUGAUGGGGGUCCUCUGCCUGGUCUACUUCAGCUCCCUGCCCCUGGGCAUCUACCUGCUCCUGGUGGAGCGCCUCAGCCUGGGCAUCGUCUUGGUGAGCCUGGUGCCCGCCACCCUCAUCCUCUGCAUCUUCUACAGCCUCUGCCAGUGUCUGCGCCAUGAGAUCUUCGACUUCCCCUCUUGAGCCACCAGGACUGCUGGGCUCAGAGCUUCCUGCCCGGGUGCCCCAGGGCCCCCUUGCCCGCUCCUUCUCUUGGCACCACCACAGCCUGCCCCAGCCUCACUAACUCUCCGCCAUCCGUCCCUCACUGGAGCAACGUCGAGUGGCAGUUCUCCCUGGAUGCCGACUGAUUGCAGCGGCCGGGGAGGGUCCGUGCGCCUGGCACGUUUCCGGCAGCAAAAGGGACGUUGCCCGUGAAGAAGGGGCUUGUGACACAACCGUGCAGCGGCCGCACACCCAUGAGGUCCACCCACAUCUCAACAUGCCUCUUCCCUUGCUGUUGAACGCUGGUGGGUCCAGCACUUGCCACACCCCCUCCCUGUACAGGUAGCAGAGCCCCCCCAGUUCAGUUCACGUGGGUAGACCCCAAAUGCUCAAGUGUUCUUUGGCAGGAUCGCCCCAAACCCCACACUGUUGGUUCUGAUUCAGUGCUCAAUAGUGCCCCGAAACUACCCAAACAGCUAAAUGGUACCAUAUAUAGGUUGGGUGACACCUGACUUGGCAACACUACAUGCAAAAGGGAUCUGGGAGUCUUAGUGGACCACAAGCUGAGCAUGAGUCAGCAGUGUGAUGUGGCGGCCAAGACAGCCAAUGUGAUUAUGGGCUCUAUCAAUAGGAGUAUACUGUCUAGAUCCAGGGAUGUAAAUGUACCUCUCUCUUCUGCAUUGGUUAGACAUCACCUGGAAUUUUAUGUCCAGUUCUGGUCACCACAAUUCUAGAAG